UUUUUCUAAUUGUCCCUUUGUAGACUUGUAUGACAAGCCCUCCAUAAAGGAACGCUGUUUCUUCAUGUUUUCUUUUCCAGGAACAUAGAAGAUAAAAAUUAUUAAAAGAAAUGAGGAACUCCAUAGCCACAGAGCUCGAAUCCUACCCGAUGAACGCAGGGAAUGGAAGCUACAGCUACAAUAAGAACUCUCACCUUCAGAGAGCAGCCGUAAGCGUUGUCAAGGAAAAAAUCGAUGAGGCAAUUGUCACCGUGCUCGACAUCAGAAGGUUUUCCUCUGGCCCUCGGGCCUCAUUCAGAAUCACGGACUUGGGUUGCUCGGUAGGACCGAACACCUUCAUUGUUGUGCAAAACAUCAUCGAGGCUGUCCGGAGCAAGUAUGGGUCUCAGGUACCUGACUUCCAAGUGUUCUUCAAUGACCAUACUGCCAACGACUUCAACACCCUCUUCACCUCCCUCCCUCCAGAGAGGAAUUAUUAUGCCGCUGGAGUUCCGGGGUCCUUCCACGGCCGAUUAUUCCCCAAGUCAUCCCUCCAUUUUGUUCACUCUUCGUGCGCACUCCAAUGGCUCUCAAUGGUGCCCAAGGAGCUGCUCGAUAAGGGUUCGCCAGCGUGGAACAAGGGGAGGAUUCACUACAGCGGGGCCCCGAAGGAAGUGGGGGAUGCCUAUAAGUUCCAGUUCGCGAAGGACAUGAGAGAUUUCAUCAAUGCUCGGGCGAAAGAGAUUGUGAAUGGAGGGCUAAUGGCAUUGAUCAUGCCGGGAACUCAGGACAGGGUUCCCAAUUCGAAAGUGCCCUCGGCAUUCAUUUUCGAUCUUCUCGGCUUUAGCCUAAUGGAUAUGGUCAAGGAGGGAACAAUACGCGAAUCCGAUGUGGAUUCGUUCAACUUGCCCAUAUAUGCAGCCUCUCCCCAGGAAAUGACAGAACUCGUCAAUGCCAACGGAUGUUUCAGCAUCGAGCGGAUGGAACUAACAGCUUCCAGCUCAAAGUCCAGAGGAAAGAUUAGUGGGCAGGCAGUUGUGAUGCAUCUGAGAGCUGGUCUGGAAGGGAUCUUCAGCAAGCAUUUCGGUACUGCAGUUAUAGAUGAACUGUUUGAUCGAUCUGUGAAGAAAGCCAAAGAAUUCGCCGCACGGCUAGACUCUAUCUCCAAGGAAAGCCUGCAGUUACUAGUUAUUCUCAAACGCAAAUGAAGGAUAUGUGUAUCCUAACCUUAUUUUUGUACUA